CUAAAGGUCCAUUAUCCGGUAGAGCCCAUCCACAGCGGAACGAGCCCCUGCCAAGCCCGUCUUCCUUCGCACACUUCUCUACCGGCGACGCCCGCAGCCGCAGCCUUUCCGCCGCCGCUCCGCUGUCUCCACAUUCUUCUCCGGUAGGGGAACUGGAUCCUCCACCAGUACAGCAUCAGAGUAAGAAGCAAUAGAGGCGCCACAGGUCAUGGCAGACUACGAGCAGGAACAGGAGAUGGAGUUGGAGGCCCUCCAGGCCAUCCUCAUGGACGACAUCAAGGAGAUCGACCCCAGUGAAAGCGGGAUCGACACCAACUCCCGCUGCUUCGAGAUCCUGCUAUCCCCUCAGGACGAUGAUUUCGACGAGGCAGCUCAUGUGCCAGUUCAAAUGGCUCUUGUUUUUGCACACACUGAGAAGUACCCAGAUGAGCCUCCACUUGUGAAUAUCAAAAGUGUACGGGGUAUUAAACCAGACGACCUCACAUCCUUGAAAGAAAAGCUUGACCAAGAGGCAACUGAGAAUCUUGGUAUGGCUAUGGUAUAUACUCUUCUCGACUCGGCUAAAGAAUGGUUAACUGAAAAAUAUGGUCAAAAUGCUGGAGAUGAGGAACCUGACGAAACUGAAGAACCAGCUGAGGAGGUCAUUAUACCCCAUGGCGAAGCUGUUACUGUAGAGAGCUUUAUGGCCUGGAGAGAACGUUUUGAAGCUGAAUUGGCGCUACAGCGUGCUAAGCUUAUGCCAGAGUCAGCUCUUACUGCCCCAAAGGAAAAGAAACUCUCUGGAAGACAGUAUUUUGAAAGUGGAAGGCAUAUAACGAAAGGAGCAGGUACAGUUGCUGAAGAAGAGGAGGAAGAGGAGGAGGAUAUCGAAUUCGAUGAUGAUUUUGAAGAUGAUGAGGAGGACAUGCUCGAGCAUUUUUUAGCAGAACAGACGGGGAAAUCGUCAGCUUAGGCUUGGAGCCUGUAAAAGGGAAAACAUGCUGCGCAAAAUCUGUUUUAGGGGAAGCUCGAUGUUUGACAUAUAUCAUAGAGCUCGCUAUCUUUGUGUGUGUUUCCCCAUCAUUUGGUUGCCUUGUGGCACAUAGCUGCAUAAAUAUCUAAAAAGCUGAGGUACCAGUGCUCUCUCACUGAUCAAAGUUGAGGCGUUGAGCAUGGAACUGCAUCUGUGUAAUGUACUUCGUCGUGUAAUUUAUUGUGGCUUUCGUCAGGUGAACAUUUACACUUUGCAGAGCAUGUUAUAACUUGUGUUCUGUACGUGGAUAAUGUCAACUUGAUACUUCAAUCCAAGUUUACAUUGUUAAUUCUUUAA